CCCCCCUUUCUCCACCAUUACUUCACUCUCUCAAUAUUCCAUUUCCCUCCUCUCAAAACCCUAAUUCUCCCAUCAGAAAUUCCCAUGGCAAAAUCCGUAAGCCCAAACGCCAUCUCCACCUUGCUUUCAAACCCAUCACCCGAUUCUUCAUCAGAUCUUCCUGAUAUUGUAGUUCAAGUUCUCGAUCUCAAACAAAGUGGCAACAGAUACAUGUUCUCUGCGAAUGAUGGAAAUAUGAAACUAAGAGCGAUUCUUCCUUCGAAUCAGUACUCAGAGGUUCUCUCAGGGAAGAUUCAGAACCUUGGUCUCAUUCGCAUCCUGGAUUAUACUCUCAACGACAUCCCAAAUAAAUCUGAGAAGUACCUUAUUGUUACCAAGUGUGAACCGGUUUCUCCUUCGCUUGAAACGGAGAUAAAAAGUGAACAAUCUGGUAUCGUUUUGAAGCCUAAGGAAGAUGUUGUAGUUAAGAGCGAAAGCGCGGCUGGUAUUCUUUUGAAGCCGAAGCAGGAUGUGGUUUCAAAAUCUGCUGCUCAGAUUGUACAUGAACAACAUGGAAAUUCUGCUCCUGCGAGAUUGGCUAUGACACGCAGGGUGCGUCCUCUUGUUUCUUUAAAUCCUUAUAUGGGUGGCUGGACAAUUAAAGUAAGUGUCACAAGCAAAGGAACCAUGCGUACAUAUAAGAAUGCCAGAGGCGAAGGUUGUGUCUUCAAUGUUGAACUCACUGAUGAAGAUGGUACUCAAAUUCAAGCAACUAUGUUUAAUGAAGCUGCUAGAAAGUUUUAUGACAGAUUUGUUAUGGGAAAGGUUUAUUACAUUUCAAAAGGAACUUUGAAAGUUGCUAACAAACAGUUCAAGACUGUGCAAAAUGAUUAUGAAAUGACACUGAAUGAGAAUUCUGAGGUGGAAGAGGUUGUCAAUGAAGUUGGUUUUGUUCCAGAGACAAAAUUCAAUUUUGUCCCGAUUGAUCAGCUGGGUCCUCAUGUCAAUAAGCCUGAACUUGUUGAUGUUGUUGGAGUUGUUAAGAACGUGUCUUCAACAAUGAGCAUUCGAAGGAAGAGCAACAAUGAGAGUGUUCCAAAGCGUGACAUUACUAUUGCUGAUGAAACCAAGAAGACAGUUGUCGUGUCUCUGUGGGGUGACCUUGCAACUAACAUAGGACAAGAGUUACUGGAUGCUGCUGAUCAAUCUCCAGUAGUUGCGAUCAAAUCCCUCAAGGUUGGGGACUUUCAAGGUGUUUCUUUGUCAGCUAUAAGCAAAAGUUUAGUUCUGAUUAAUCCAGACACUCCUGAAGCUCAGAAGCUUAGAAGCUGGUAUGAUUCUGAAGGUAAGGAUGCUUCAAUGGCUGCUUUAAGCUCUGGUUCAAUUCCGGCAUCCAAUGCUGGUAGUAGAUCUGUGUACUCUGAUCGUGUAUCACUUGCUGACAUUACCUCUAACCAUUCAUUGGGGAGCGAGAAGCCUGCAUUCUUUAGUAUCAGAGGAUACAUAAGUUUCAUAAGGCCAGAUCAGGCAAUGUGGUAUCGUGCUUGUAAGACUUGCAAUAAGAAAGUUACUGAAAGCAUUGAUGCUGGGUACUGGUGUGAAAGUUGCCAGAAAAAUGAUGAGCAAUGCAAUUUAAGAUAUAUCAUGGUUGCAAGAGUUUCUGAUGCAAGUGGUGAGGCUUAUAUAUCCGCUUUUAAUGAGGAAGCUGAGAAGAUAAUUGGGUGUUCUGCUGAUGAGCUAGACAGCCUUAAAUCACAGGAGGGAGAAGACAAUCCUUAUCAAAUGAAAUUGAAGCAAUCCACCUGGAUUCCACACCUCAUCCGGGUUAGCGUUUCUCAGAAUGAGUAUAAUAAUGAGAAGAGGCAAAGGAUAACAGCACGUGCAGUUGUUCCUGUUGAUUUUGCUGCUGAAUCUAAAUUUCUCCUUGAAGACAUAUCCAAGAUGAGUGCUUCUCAAUAAAGUUGAAAUGCUGGUAUACAGUUUCCAGAUCUUUUUGGAUGAACGUUGCUGCCUGUAAUUAAGUUCUCAAAUGAUUUAUUGAUAUUUUGGCUGUCUCCAGAAACAUGCUUGGAUUUAAAUGCAUCUUUAAUUUUAAAUUACCAAUGUUACUUAAACAUAGGAUGUUAAUAUUUCACGAUGAUGGUUUUUAUGCUGUA